CUUUUCAUUGGUACCACGUCGUUUCAACCCACCAAACUCUUGUCAUCAACAUAAACAUACUUGCGCAUCGAGGUGUAUAUCACUCCGCUCCGCUUCAUUUCACUACUCCAGCAAAUCGCUCCAAUCUAAGUAAUUUCUCCGAGGUUUAUUGUCCGCGUUUUCAUGAUAAGUCAUUACCUUUUCAAUUUUUCUAUCUGAUCUCACUCGACUUGCAGGUUUUGAGCUUCCGCAGAAUCAAUUCUGAAGGAUUGACUGGUAUCUGAUCAGCCCAGUGAACUUUUGCUCAUCCAGAACUCGCUAUGAACUCUCCUUCUACAUCACAUCGUCCCGCGACAUCUCUUCGUUCAUUUAAGUCACUCGUCAGAAGUCGAACCCAAACUUUCGCCCAUAGGGAGCCUUUCGUACCCCGAAGUCAGAUUGAUGCCCUCAAGACUGAAAAGCAUGCAGGCGAUAUUCAUUCAGAGAUGAAGAUUGAGACAGGAAAAGCUGAUUUAUCAAGAACGACUUCAACGCCCAUCGAAAUUGCUUCAGACGAUGCCGAAACUCUUACUUUGAAUCAAAGUGAUGCGACUUCGCCAACCCGGUCCAUCUUUCCAUCGAAGUCAUCUAGUCGUCCAACCCUACGCCAAAGAAGAUUCAGUCGAUCAAUGCAAUCUCUGAGUCGUGAGUUCAAGUUCGAUGGCGGUGAAUCAUCUUUGUCUUCUGGGAAUCUUCAUAAAACAUUUCGCAAAUGGCAAGCACCUAGGGAUAGUUACAUAGAGAUUGAUAGCGAUCCAGACGACUGUCCAGAAGACUUCCAAGUUGUGGUGGCUGUGAUUGCUACCGUUACUGCAAAGCCCGUUCUCACGCCAUUGGUGACACCUAAACAGUCUGCCCACUUUCAGCACUCCGACUUUCCUGAACUCCCCACGAAUAUCUCUGCGAUCUCUGCAGCAAACUUUCCAGAAUUUUAUACUUCUACCUCAACCCUACCCGUGGUCUCUAGUCAGGAUGGUGCCGGCUCGGUGGAAACCGGAAAGCUGGAUGAUGGCCCAAUGGAGAACAUUUCAACCUCUGCGGAACUCAAAUCACCCAAAUCCCCUUCGGAUAAAUCGAGCUUUGGAUCUUCAGCAGAUAUAGGCUUGAACCGCUCGACUGGUCCCAGCUUGAGUAGCUCGAUUGGUCCCAGCUCAGACAAUUCAUGCGGCAUAAGUUUGAGAGGUGGUCCGACGCCCAGCACAGCUCUCGCCGUCAAGAGUCCAGUGAAGGAUCCUUGUCUACCCCUUUCAAUCCAACCGAACGGAUUCAGUUCUCCGUCUUAUCCUAAAUUAAUACGGACUCCUAUUCACGCUACGCAUAUCAGAUCAGAAAUCCCGAGAAGAGGUUCCGAGGGAGUCUUACCGAAGCUUCCCACAAGACCCAAACGAUCAGGGACUUUGCCCUCACGAAACUUCACGAAGGACUCACCACUGGCACCUGCCACAGAUACUUUAGCAUGUCCAUGGGAAGUAGAAGAAAGUCAAGAACUACAACCUUUUAUAAAAACAGUAGAUCAGACCAACACCACAGAUUGCAAUAAGAGUAUCUCAUCACGUCACAAGUAUAGGCCGCUGAAAGAGAAAAUAGGCGCGAGUUCAUUCUUUCGUAAAUUGGCUCAUAAAAUUUCUUCGCCUAAUAAAUAUUAUAAUAGAUCAGAUUCACCAGCUCCUAUAGAAAGAUAGUAUUUGAACUUUUCACUCUUUUCUCAAUAUUUUCUUCUCUUUAUCUCAAGAAUUCGAUAUUUCGUUGCUUUCCUUGAUCAAAGAUCACUUUGAGAUAAGCCUUUUAAUUGAUUUUCAAUCUUGAUCGACUGGUGUCAUCUGCAUAUUAUUUUGUUGUUGAUUCAGCCUUUGUGUCCUUUAAAUUUCAUGUAUUCUGAUAUUUAUUCCUAUUUACAAUUCCUCAUUACUUCGAUAGUGCUUGUCAUAGCUUUUAGAUCUUACAUCUUUUCAAUACUUGAAAUUACCCUCAUUUACCCGUCUUACAAACGUGCUGAUAGUACAGAUAAUGUGACUAGAACUUGAUUUUUCUGAACUAACCUCAUACUGCACGACACGAGUGAGCCUUCGAUUUGUAUGAGGCCUCCAAAAAGAAUGAUGCGUGUGUGUCGAAUCCCCGGUUGGGGUAUAUGGUGUU